GCCUCGUGGGCCGGCACUGCCAUGGACGGCCAGCUCCUGCCCGUGCUGCUGCUGCUGCUGCUUGGGGCCUCAGGCCCGCGGGGACAGGGCCCGGGGCUGGGGGGGCCCGAGGAAGAGCCCCCCGAGGAGGAUGGGAUCUUGGUGCUGAGCCAGCACACCCUGGGCCUGGCCCUGCGGAGGCACCGCGCUCUGCUGGUGCAGUUCUAUGCCCCAUGGUGUGGGCACUGCAAGGCACUGGCCCCUGAAUACAGCAAGGCCGCUGCCCUGCUGGCGGCAGAGUCCACCAAAGCCAGGCUGGCCAAGGUAGACGGGCCCGCCGAGAUGGAGCUGACCAAGGAGUUUGCCGUGACGGAGUACCCCACGCUCAAGUUCUUCCGUGACGGGAACCGCACACACCCGGAAGAGUACACCGGCCCCAGAGAGGCCGACGGCAUCGCUGAGUGGCUGAGGCGGCGGGUGGGGCCCAGUGCCACCCGGCUGGAGGAUGAAGAGGGUGCCCAAGCACUGAUAGAUGGCCGGGAUGUCACGGUCAUUGGCUUCUUCCAGGACCUACAGGACGAGGACGUGGCUACCUUCCUGGCCCUGGCCCAGGACGCCCUGGACAUGACCUUUGGCCUGACUGACCAGCCAAAGCUCUUUCAGAAGUUUGGCCUCACCAAGGACACCGUGGUCCUUUUCAAGAAGUUUGACGAGGGCCGGGCAGACUUCCCGGUGGACGAAGAGCUGGGCCUGGACCAGGGGGACCUGUCGCGCUUCCUCCUCACGCACAGCACGCACCUGGUCAUGGAGUUCAACAGCCAGACAUCGCCUAAGAUCUUUGCGGCCAGGAUUCUCAACCACCUGCUGCUGUUCGUCAACCAGACGCUGGCCCCGCACCGGGAGCUGCUGGCGGGCUUUGGGGAGGCAGCUCCCCCGUUCCGGGGACAGGUGCUGUUCGUGGUGGUGGACGUGGGUGCCGCCAACAACCACGUGCUGCAGUACUUCGGUCUGAAGGCCGAGGAGGCGCCCACCCUGCGAUUCAUCAACAUCGAGACCACCAAGAAGUACGCGCCUGCAGACGGCGGGCCGGUCACCGCAGCCUCCGUCACCAGCUUCUGCCACGCCGUGCUCAGCGGCGAAGUCAAGCCCUAUCUGCUGAGCCAGGAGGUCCCCGCCGACUGGGAUCAGCGGCCGGUCAAGACCCUCGUGGGCAAGAAUUUUGAGCAGGUGGCUUUCGAUGAAACCAAGAACGUGUUUAUCAAGUUUUAUGCCCCGUGGUGCACCCACUGCAAGGAGAUGGCCGCGGCCUGGGAGGCACUGGCCGAGAAGUACAAGGACCACGAGGACAUCAUCAUCGCCGAGCUGGACGCCACAGCCAAUGAGCUGGAGGCUUUCCCUGUGCACGGCUUCCCUACCCUCAAGUACUUCCCAGCAGGGCCGGGUCGGAAGGUGAUUGAAUACGAAAGCACCAGAGACCUGGAGACCUUCUCCAAGUUCCUGGACAACGGGGGCAAGCUGCCCGCAGAGGAGCCCAUAGCGCCCCUCCCGGAGACACCAGCCAACGCCAGCACGGAGCCCAGAGAGGAGCUGUAGCUGCCCUCCCGUCACCACCCGGCGCCCCCACAUCAGUGCCCCGGGAGCUGGGCAGUAAAUAAAGCGCUUCGGUCCCGGA